AUGGCGAAGAGACGCGUGGAAGAAGUCGAGACUGACGACGAGGACGCGCCGCAGCAGCAGCAGCAGCGGAAAGUCAGCGGGUCGAAGCGCGCACGCUUUGACGGUGGCGCGCCGCAGACGCACGAGUUUGAGGACGACGAGGAGCGCGCAGAGCGCGUUGAGAGGCGGAAGGGGAAGAAGAGGGCGAGUGGUGACGAUGAGGAGAUGGACGAGGACGACUUUGAGAAGCCGGAGGACCGGCCCGUUGACGAGGCGGCUGAAACGCAGUUCGAGGAGGAGCACGAGGAGGAGAUUCGUGAAAGUAUCAGGCAACGGCAGAGGCAGCAGGGCGGCGUGGCGAAGUUCGGAAUCAUCGAACGCGUCGAAAUGCACCAGUUCAUGUGCCACAAGUAUCUCACGUUUAACUUCGGACCGCAGAUCAACUUCAUCAUUGGUCACAACGGAAGUGGUAAGAGUGCCGUACUCUCCGCCAUCACCAUCGCUCUCGGCGGCAAGGCCAACUCGACCGGUCGCGGUAAUGGUCUCAAGUCCUUCAUCCGCGAGGGCCAAGGCGCAUCCGAGGUAACCAUCGUCCUCAAGAACCAGGGCGACGAGGCCUACAAGCACGACGUCUAUGGCGACAGCAUCGUUAUCACGCGUCGGUUCACCAAAGACGGCAGCUCGUCGUACCAGAUCAAGAAUAAGGCUCUGCAGAAGAUCUCGACGAAGCGCGAGGAGCUGUCGGCUAUCUGCGACCACAUGAACAUUCAGGUCGAUAAUCCUAUGAACGUCUUGACGCAAGAUGCCGCUCGCCAGUUCUUGGGCUCUGCGCACGCUACGGACAAGUACAAGUUCUUCCUCAAGGGUACCCAGCUCUCCCAGCUCUCGGAGGAGUACCAGACCUGCAUGGAGAACGUUCAACGCAUGCAAUCCAUCAUCGAGACCAAACGCGGCGCCAUCGACGACCUCGAAUCUGCGUACAAGGAAGCCUCCCUCCGCUUCAAAGAAGCCCAAACCGCGCGCGAGCACCGCCACAAGAUCGACAAGCUCAAGAAGGAGCUCGCCUGGGCGCACGUGCAGACCAAGGAGGACGAGCUCAAUGCCAAGGUGCAGGCCACUGCGCGCAUUGAGCGCCAUAUCGAGCGCGUGCAGGCGAGCUUGGACGGGGCGCAGAAGGAGGUCGAGAAGGCGACGGAGGAGGUGCAGGAGAAGGAGCAGGCGCAUGCGGAGAUUGGGAAUAUUGAGCAUCUGCAUGAGAGGGACAAUGAGAUCAAGACGAAGAUCUCGGGGCAUAAGAAGAAGCUUACUGAGCUUAAGACGAACGAGCAGAACAUAGACGGCGAGGUCAGGUACAUCCGUACGCAGAUGGAGAGCAUCAAGAAGCAGAAACGCGAGGAGCAGGCCAAGAACGCGUCGUACCACGAAGGCGCGCACGAGGCGCUCGUCCAGCGUUACGAAGACUCCAAGCUCGAAGUCGAAGCGGCCGAACGCGCCCUCCAACAAGCCGAAGACCUCGUCGUCUCCAAGCGCGCCGAGCGCGACGCCGCACGCGAAGCCGGCCAACAGGGCGACCGCGACAAGGCCGAGGCCGAGCAGCGCUGGCGCGGCGUGCAGCAGCAGCGCCAGACCGUCGAGAGCUCCCAGCGCGACGAGCUCGCGGCGUUCGGACAGAAUAUGCGGGCUGUGCUGCAGAAGAUUCAUCAGACGAAGUGGUUUGGGAAUACGCCUGUUGGUCCGCUGGGCCGGUUUGUGAAGGUUAGGGACGGGCAGUGGAGCGAGGUGUUGAGGAUACAGAUUGGGCAGAUGAUGACUUCGUUUGCUGUUACGGAUAUGAGGGACCGGGCGACGCUUGGGAAGAUCCUCAAGGAGUCUCGCAACCCCCACGCCUCGAUCAUCGUCGCCGAAGUCGACCUCUUCGACUACAGCGCCGGCGAGCCUGACGCGCGCUUCCUCACAAUCAUCCGCGCGCUCGACAUCUCCGACGAAUACGUCAAGCGCGUCCUGAUCAACCAGUCGCGCAUCGAGCGCACCAUGCUCUUCCGCACGCGUGGCGAGGCCGACGAGGCGCUCCGCAACGUCCACGGAGGCGGCAUGGCCAUCACCCAGGACAUGUUCCGCGUCAUGCGGUACCCCGACGGAGGAGGCUCUUCCAGCCCGCUCACCCUGCUCAGGCAGCAAGACACGCGUCACCUGAUGUUCACCGGCCGCGACAGCGCAGCCGAGAUCGCGCAUUGGAGGGAGAAGGAGCAGGAGGCGGAGCGGGCGUUCCGCGAGGUCUACGAGCGCGUUCAGCCGCUUCUGCCCGCGUUCAAGCGCAUCGAGCAGGAGGUCAAGAACGCGACGGCCGCCGCGCAGCGCGCGCAUUCGGAGCUGAACAAGGCGAAGCGGAAACGCGACGAUCUGCAAAACGAGGUCAACGAGGACGUGCAGCUCGAGACGGCCGGCUUGGACGAGACGCUUGCGGAUCUGGAGCGCGAUCUGGGCAGGAUGGCGGCGCAGUUCGAGCCGAUUGCGAAGGAGCGCGAAGAGAUUACGAAGGUGGUCACUGAGCUUAUGAACCAGCAUAAGGAGGUCAAGCAGGGGAUCGCGCAGUUCCAUAAGCGGCAGGAGGACGCGCAGCGCGAGAUCGAGGCUGCCGUGCUCGUGAGGGUUCAGGCGCAGAACGGGGCGAAGCAUUGGAUGGAGAAGAUGGCGGAGGAGCAGAGGAAGCUGAAGGAGUCGCGCGAGGCGGAGGACGUGCUGAGGGAGGAGUUUGAGAACUGGAGCGCGAAGGCGAGCGAGUAUUGUGCAAGGGUUGAGGGGACGCGGAAGCCGGAUGUUAUUGAGAGGGAGUUGACGGGCGUGCAGAAGGCGUUGAAGGAGCGCGAGAGGAGGGACGGGGCGACGGUUGAGGAGAUGACGGUUGAGGUCAACCGCACCCAUGCAGCGCUGCAGAAGGUCAAGGGCGAGCUUGAUGAGCUCGACGCGUUGACUCUUAUGCUCAAGAAGUCCGUGAAGACCCGCGUGCAGAAAUGGCUCGACUUCCGCCGCCACAUCGCCUUCCGCUGCAAAGUCACGUUCCAGUACCACCUCUCCAACCGCGGCUACUUCGGCAAAGUCAUCUUCGACCACAUCAACCACACGCUCGAUCUCAAGGUCCAGACCGACGACGUCAACGCCACGCAGGGCGCGCCGGCCGGCAGCCGCGAGCGCGACCCACGCGCGCUGAGCGGUGGCGAGAAGAGCUUCUCGACUAUCUGUUUGUUGCUGGCGAUGUGGGAGAGUAUUGGGAGUCCGAUUAGGUGUUUGGAUGAGUUUGAUGUGUUUAUGGACGCGGUUAAUAGGCGGAUUUCGUCGAAGAUGAUCAUCGACACGGCCAACUCCAGCGAUGGAAAGCAGUACAUUCUUAUCACGCCGCAGAGCAUGGACAACAUUCACAUUGGCCAUACCGUCCGCGUGCACCGUAUGAGCGACCCCGAGCGUGGUCAGGGCACGCUCGCGUACGGCAACUCCGUCGCCUAG